CACACUUUUACCUAUCUCCUAUCUUUUUCAGGGAAUUUCAACUCUGCAGAGCUUAUAGACCUCACAUCUCUUCCAUGGAGUGCAGUGCUUGCAAUCUGACUCUGAGAUGGUCCAUGCAUGUGGAAGAAUCCUUAUCCAGGACCAACAACGCAUUUCAGUAAAGAAGAACUCAAGAGUUCGCCCAAACACUUCAAACAACCAUGGGUUCCUUAGAGAAUGAGCCUCCAUCUGCAGCAGAUCAUGGCUUCAAAGGAUCAACUCGGCCUGAGACGUUUCUGCUGGUGCUGAAUGCUCCUCAACCCCCAUCUCUGUGGCAAGAGCUCUCAGGAUCAGUAAGAGGUGCAAUCUUUCCUCGAGGAAACCAGCCUUCUUCACUGACCAAAUGGGCAAUCUCAGUGCUCCAUGGCCUGUUUCCAGUGCUUCACUGGGGAAGAAACUAUAAUCUCAAGUCAUUUAGGAGUGACCUGAUGGCUGGUCUCACUCUUGCAAGCCUCGGCAUUCCGCAGAGCAUUGGAUAUGCUAAUUUAGCUAAACUGGAUCCUCAGUAUGGCCUCUAUACAAGCUUUGUGCCACCUCUAAUAUAUGCUGUGAUGGGUACUUCAAGAGACAUAGCAAUUGGCCCGGUUGCUGUUAUUUCUCUCCUUCUGUCCUCCAUGGCUCAGAAAGUUGUUGAUCCUUCUGUUGAUCCUACUGCUUACAGAAAGCUUGUGAUCACAUCAACCUUCUUUGCUGGAGUCUUCCAAGCUUCAUUUGGAUUCUUCAGAUUGGGCUUUAUAGUGGACUUCCUUUCACAUGCCACAAUUGUGGGGUUCAUGGGAGGAGCAGCAAUUGUUAUAGGACUGCAGCAGCUGAAAGGACUUCUUGGGAUCAGUCACUUCACAAACAACACUGAUGUUGUUUCGGUCGUCAAGGCUGUUUGGGUUGCAGUUCAUCAUUCUUGGCACCCCGACAAUUUUCUCAUCGGAUGUUCAUUCCUCAUAUUCAUCCUUAUCGUGAGAUUCAUAGGUAUGAGGAAACGGAAACUCUUCUGGUUGUCUGCCAUAACUCCCCUGCUUUCAGUGAUUAUAUCAACCCUUCUGGUAUUCUUGACAAGAGCAGAUAAACAUGGUGUUAAAAUCAUUCAAAAAGUUAAAGAAGGAUUGAAUCCAAGUUCGGUCAAGGACAUACAGCUGACUGGAUCACAUGUUGCGGAGUCAGCAAAGAUUGGCCUCAUUUGUGCAAUCAUAGCUCUCACAGAGGCUAUUGCUGUUGGCAGAUCAUUUGCUGCUGUAAAAGGAUACCAACUGGAUGGCAACAAGGAAAUGGUAGCAAUGGGCGUCAUGAACCUUGCUGGAUCCAUGUCUUCCUGCUAUGUUGCAACAGGUUCAUUCUCUCGGACGGCCGUAAAUGUGAGUGCAGGUUGCAAAACGACAGUAUCGAACAUAGUCAUGGCCAUCACUGUGUUCAUAUCAUUGCAAUUGCUCAUGAAGCUCUUAUACUACACACCAGUUACUAUACUCGCUUCGAUUAUUCUUUCGGCUCUUCCAGGCCUCAUCGACAUAAAAGAAGCUUACAACAUCUGGAAAAUUGACAAGAUGGAUUUCCUAGCUUGCUUUGGAGCAUUUCUUGGUGUAUUAUUUGGAUCGGUGGAAAUUGGCCUUCUGACUGCAGUUCUCAUCUCCUUUGCCAAGAUCAUCAUAAGUGCACUUCGGCCCAGCGUAGAGAUGCUUGGAAGGAUCCAAGGGACAGACACAUUCUGCAGCAUGAGACAGUAUCCAUCAGCUGCGGAAACACCGAAUUUGAUGAUACUCCGCAUCGAUUCACCGUUCCUUUGUUUCAUGAAUGCCAAUUUCAUAAGAGAAAGGAUUGUAAACUGGGUAACAGAAGGGCGCAACGCAAUGAAGGAAGAAACCAAAUCAGUCAUCAUCGACAUGACAAAUGUUAUAAACAUUGACACGUCAGGCAUCUCAGCUCUUGAAGAAAUCUACAAGAAGCUGGCCUCUGCUAGUGUUCAGCUAGCUGUAGUAAAUCCCGGUUGGCAAGUGAUUCACAAGAUGAAGUUGGCCAGGCUUGUGGAGAUGAUUGGAGGAGCAUGGAUAUUCCUCACUGUGGGUGAAGCUGUCGAAGCAUGUCUUGGUGGUGCCAAGAAGGAAGACAACUGCAAUGUUUGAAGCUGUAUCACCUGUGUUGUAGCAAUGGCUCUGUUGCUUGUGCUACAAAACUGAAUUAGACCAACAAUUCUCCGUUUUGCUUGUUGCAGUCCUAUAGAAAUCUGAGUGCUUAUCCAGCAAAUGUACCAAAACAUGACAAAUCUGUUCACCAAGGCCUUAUGAUCAUACUAGUUAUUGGAUCUUUCUAUA